CCGCAGCCGCAACAGCCAUCUGCGGGACAGAACGCCGGAAGCGCCUCGCCCUCCCCUUCCGGCUCACUUCCGCCUACCCCGCCCGGGCAGCCAGGCCGGAAGCGCGGCGCUCCAGCAGAUAGUCCACAGUUGGGUCCAAACUCGGGCGCCGCGAAGAUGCCGGCCUACCACUCUUCUCUCAUGGACCCUGACACCAAACUCAUUGGAAACAUGGCGCUGCUACCUAUCAGAAGUCAGUUCAAAGGACCAGCCCCUCGAGAGACAAAAGAUACAGAUAUUAUAGAUGAGGCCAUCUAUUACUUCAAGGCUAAUGUCUUCUUCAAAAACUAUGAAAUUAAGAAUGAAGCGGAUAGGACCUUGAUAUAUAUAACUCUCUACAUUUCUGAAUGCCUGAAGAAACUCCAGAAGUGCAAUUCCAAAAGCCAAGGCGAGAAAGAAAUGUACACCCUGGGAAUCACAAACUUCCCCAUUCCUGGAGAGCCUGGUUUUCCACUUAAUGCCAUUUAUGCCAAACCUGCAAACAAACAGGAAGACGAAGUGAUGAGGGCGUACCUCCAGCAGCUGAGGCAAGAGACGGGACUGAGGCUUUGUGAGAAAGUUUUUGACCCUCUGAAUGACAAACCUAGCAAGUGGUGGACUUGCUUUGUGAAGAGACAGUUCAUGAACAAGAGUCUUUCAGGACCCGGACAGUAAGGGGAACCUGGGUAGACUCUGGCUCCACAGCCGCGGGCAGCCUAUCGCAGCAAGAUGUACACAGUCCUUUUCCUUUGUGUCGUAAAGCUGUAUACGGAAGAGAGAAGAAAGCACGUCUUUACUUGAGAAGCUCUUUAUCGAGAAUUCGGGGAGGUCAUGGAAGGAUAAUUUGAAACUUGUUUUGCAGUUUUAAGCUGGUGCUUAGUAAGUGAUAAUAAAGGCAUUUCGCACA